UCGCACGGACCACCCCGAUUCAUUCGGCCUUCCCCUUCCGCCUCCCGACCGCGGCUGCUGCGGCGACCCAACCCGACCCCACCUCCCGCCGCCGCCGCCCUCCGCGCCCUCGCCGAGCAGAGCUAGGGUCCCGGCGGCCGCGAGCUCUCAGCGCCGCCAUCUCCGUCCACGCGUCCGAGCGCUACCGGAGGCUGUCGCGUCCCCGGCUCCUCCGCCCGUCCCCGGCGGCGAUCCGGCCGGCCCCAGAACCCUAGGGUUCUGCCGCAGCAGGAAUGAUGAGUCAUCAACAGCAAAUGGCCCCUCCGAGCAGGGGUUCUGUGAAUGGUUUGCCCCAUCGAAAGCUGGACAGGGAGAGUAGCGGGAAACAUGACAAUAAAACAAAUUUGAUGAGAUCAUCAUCUGGUGGUCUUGGUGGUGCAGAAAAUGGCAUCAAACUAGGGCAUACAAGCCAUUCGAGGGAUCGGCUAGUCUAUGUUCUAACGCAACUUGUUGGGCAUCACGUGGACGUGCAUGUGAAAAAUGGCUCUAUAAUCUCUGGAAUUUUUCAUGCAACAAACUCUGACAAAGACUUUGGAGUUGUCUUAAAAAUGGCUCAGGUCAUAAAGGAUAGUUCUGCCAGAGGACAAAGAUAUGCUGCUGAUGUUGUAAAGAAGCCUGAGACUAUGAUAAUACCAGCAAGAGAGCUUGUACAAGUUUUUGCCAAGGAUGUAGCACUUGGUGGUGAUGAGCUGCCAAAAGGUCCUGGCCAUGACAAAAGGAAAGACUUACUGAUUGAUUCUGCUAUUUCUCGCACUCAUUAUCUUGAAGAGAGAGAACUUGAGCGGUGGGCGCCGGAUGAAGGAGAUUCAGAGUGUAUCGAACUCGAAAAAUAUGACAGAAAAGGGAAUAGGAGCUGGGACCAGUUUGAAACCAAUGCAGCUUUGUUUGGGGUAAAGAGUACUUUCAAUGAAGAAAUUUAUACCACAAAGCUUGAGAGAGGUCCUCAUAUGAGAGAACUUGAAAAGCAUGCUUCAAGAAUAGCUAGAGAAAUAGAGGGAGAAGAUACCAAAGAUAUUCAUCUUGCAGAGGAAAGGGGCUUAUUCCUGGGUGAUGACUUGGACCAUGAUGAAGAGAUAAAAUAUUCAGCAGUGCGUAGAGACGCUGAUAACAGCAAAUACAAGACAUUUACAAAUGUCCCAAGCAGUACACGUCAUGUUGAUUCAUUUAACAGGACAGCCAACAUUGAUCCCAAGGAUUCACUGGCAUCUUCAUCAACAAUGGAUGAAGAAUCAUCUUCCUACAUAUUUGAUGAUACUGAUUCAUAUGCCAAUAUCCAAACCAAUAAUGUUAGCCAGCCAACAUCUGACGACCCAUCAAAUAAGCCCUUUUCCAUUGACGAAAGCAGGUUGGACAAGAAGCUAAGCAAAGAUGGUAAUGACAACUUGGAUAAAAGAAAGUUGCAACCUGAGAAUACUCAGUUAUCUGGUGGUGGCAGACCGCUUAUUUCUGAAGGGCUGGAUGGACCACCUUCAAGUUCACAUGCAUAUGAACCCUCAUCUUCUGGUCAAGGAUUCAAAUCUCCAGAAACCCCGGAUUCAACAGUAUCUGUCAAACAUCCUUCUGCAGUGGAACCUGUUACUUCCUCUCAAAGACCUGGUAGUUCGACGUCUUCGACGUCAGAGCGCAUUGCUGCAAACUCGGUGGCGAGCGCUCCUGGCUUGUCGCCAAGCUCUUCAAUAGGAUCUCUUACCUCAGAAAAGUCAACUCUGAACCCAAAUGCUAAGGAAUUCAAGCUAAAUCCUAAUGCCAAGAGCUUCACUCCAUCAGCAUCUCUGAGGCCACCACCUCCUCCAGCAUCUGAUGCAUCAUACUACUAUCCCAAUAACAUGCCGACCGCACCACUUGGACCUGGUCUACCAGUGGGCAUGGGGUUCCCUCCAGCAUAUGGUGGCCAGCCUGUCAUGUAUAAUACUCAACCUGGAACACCACCCCAGGGUUACAUGCAUCCUGCGGGGCCGCAGUAUGGACAGCAGAUGAUGAUGGGACAGACUCGUCCUGUUUAUUAUUAUGCACCUGAGAUGCAACAAUACAGAGGAAGAAACUUCUAAAGCAUACUAUUUUGAACUGCUGCUGGAUUAAAGUCGCAGCAACCCCCACUGAUGGGAUUAUAACCAGGCAAAAACCGCUAUUAGAAUGGAAAGAACUGGUGAUGAUCUCACUCCGACUUGUGUGCUGCUUGGAUUGCUUUGACAAAAGGCUCAUCAUUGCUCCUUACCUGUGCUCAACUCCGGAGGAAGUUCAUUAUUUUUGUCAGACUUUUGAUGUAAAUUAAAUUGCGGGUCAUCUGUUGGACCCUGAAAUGAAAUUCAUAAAUGCGUGAGUUUGUCCCAUUGUAAUAUUUAUUUAUGCGUUGUGUUCCUUCAGCUUGUUCUGAUGUAAGAUUUGGAAGGAAUUAUCAGUUAAAGGGGAUUAAACUGCAAACUUGAUAUC